CUGCACGGCCUGGCCAGCGGCUAUUCCAUGACACCCCCAACCCUGAACAUCACAGAGGACACAUUUGUCAUCGACUCCAAGGACAGCCUGUCCAUCUUCUGCAGGGGUCAACACCCCCUGGAGUGGGCCUGGCCUGGAGCUCAGAAGGUGCCCGCCCAGGGGGAAAAGGAGGCUGAGAACUCAGAAGCUGUACAGGACUGCUCUGGGACAGAUGCCAGACCCUACUGCAAGCUGCUGCUGCUGCGGGAGGCUCAUGCCAACGACACGGGCGCUUACCUGUGUUAUUACAAGUACAUCAAGGCUCGCAUUGAGGGCACCACUGCUGCAGGCAUCUAUGUUUUCGUGCGAGAUCCAGAGCAGCCUUUCAUCAACAAGCCCAAUACGCUCCUGGUCAACAGGAAGGACUGGAUGUGGGUGCCCUGCCUGGUAUCUGUCCCCGGCCUCAACAUUACGCUGCGCUCGCAAAGCUCAGUGCUGCAGCCCGAUGGACAGGAGGUGGUGUGGGACGACAGGCGGGGCAUGCGGGUGCCCACUGCACUGCUGCGUGAUGCCCUCUAUCUGCAGUGUGAGACCACCAUUGGUGACCGCGCUUUCCUGUCCAACCCCUUCCUGGUGCACAUCACAGGCAACGAGCUCUAUGACAUCCAGCUGUUCCCCAAGAAGUCGAUGGAGCUGCUUGUCGGGGAGAAGCUGGUUCUGAACUGCACUGUCUGGGCAGAGUUUAACUCGGGGGUAACUUUCGAGUGGGACUAUCCAGGCAAGCAGGCCGAGAGGGGCUCUUGGGUGCCCGAGAGGCGCUCACAACAGACUCACACGGAGCUGUCCAGCAUUCUGACGGUGCACAACGUCAGCCAGCUCGACCUGGGCCCCUAUGUGUGCGAGGCAAGCAAUGGCAUGCAGCACUUCCGAGACAGCACCCAGGUCAUCGUGCAUGAAAAGCCCUUUAUCAGCGUCGAAUGGCUCAAGGGCCCCAUCCUGGAGGCCACGGCGGGAGAUGAGCUGGUGAAACUGUCCGUGAAGCUGGCUGCAUACCCGGCACCUGAGUUUCAAUGGUUCAAAGACAAAAAGGCCGUCUCUGGACGCCACAGCCCACACACGCUGGUGCUCAAGGAUGUGACAGAGGCCAGUGCAGGCACUUACACCCUGGCCCUAUGGAACACAGCAGCAGGCCUGCGCCGCAACAUCAGCCUGGAGCUGGUGGUCAACGUAUCCCCUCACAUCCACGAAAAGGAGGCCUCCUCACCAAGCAUCUACUCCCGCCAUAGUCGGCAGGCCCUCACCUGCACAGCCUACGGGGUGCCUGCCCCCCUCAAUGUCCAGUGGCACUGGCGUCCGUGGACACCCUGCAAGCUCUUCAGCCAGCGUAGACUCAGCAGGAGACAGCGGGAUGGGAUACCCCAAUGUGAGGAUUGGCAGGAUGUAACCACUCAGGAUGCUGUGAACCCCAUAGAGAGUCUGGACACCUGGAUGGAAUUUGUGGAAGGGAAGAAUAAGACGGUCAGCAAGCUGGUUGUUCAAGAUGCCAAUGUUUCAGCCAUGUACAAGUGUGUGGUCUCCAACAAAGUGGGCCAGGAUGAACGACUCAUCUACUUCUACGUGACCACCAUCCCUGACGGCUUCAGCAUCAAAUCAGAGCCGUCUGAUGAUCCCCUGGAAGGUCAGUCCGUGCGCCUGAGUUGCCAGGCCGACAGCUACACAUACGAAGACCUCCGCUGGUACCGCCUCAAUUUGUCCACACUGCACCACAAUGAGGACGAUGCCACCGCCCCGCCGGGCAACCCGCCGCUGCUGGAUUGCAAGAAUGUGCAUCUCUUUGCCACGCCACUGGCCGCCAGCCUGGAGGAGGCGACGGCCAGCGUGCGCCAUGCCACCCUCACCCUUACUAUCCCCCAUGUGGCGCCGGAGCACGAAGGCGACUACGUGUGCGAAGUGCGUGACCGGCGCAGCCACGACAAGCACUGCCACAAGAAGUACCUGUCGGUGCAGGCACUGGAAGCCCCCAGGCUCACACAGAACCUGACAGAUCUCCUGGUCAAUGUGAGUGACUCCCUGGAGAUGCGGUGCCCAGUAGCUGGGGCGCAUGUGCCCAACAUCGUGUGGUACAAGGAUGAGAGGCUGCUGGAGGAAGAGUCUGGAAUCGACCUGGCUGACUCCAACCAGAAGCUGAGCAUCCAGCGUGUGCGCGAAGAGGACGCAGGCCGCUACCUAUGCAGUGUGUGUAACCCCAAGGGCUGCGUCAACUCCUCGGCUACGCUGGCUGUCGAAGGCUCUGAGGAGAAAGUCAGCACCGAGAUCGUGAUCCUCGUGGGAACUGGGGUCAUCGCAGUCUUUUUCUGGGUCCUCCUUCUUCUCAUCAUCUGUAAUAUGCGGCGGCCAGCUCACGCAGACAUCAAGACAGGUUACCUGUCCAUCAUCAUGGACCCUGGAGAGGUGCCUUUGGAGGAGCAGUGCGAGUAUCUGUCUUACGAUGCCAGCCAGUGGGAGUUCCCUCGUGAGCGGCUGCACCUGGGCAGAGUCCUCGGCCACGGGGCUUUCGGGAAGGUGGUGGAGGCGUCCGCGUUUGGCAUCCACAAGGGCGGCAGCUGCGACACGGUGGCGGUGAAAAUGCUGAAAGAGGGUGCCACCGCCAGCGAGCACCGCGCCCUGAUGUCGGAGCUCAAGAUCCUCAUCCACAUCGGGAACCACCUCAACGUGGUCAACCUGCUGGGCGCUUGCACCAAGCCCAACGGGCCGCUCAUGGUGAUCGUGGAGUUCUGCAAGUAUGGCAACCUGUCCAACUUCCUGCGCGCCAAGCGGGAGGCCUUCAACCCUUACGCGGAGAAGUCACCAGAGCAGCAGAGGCGUAUUCGCACAAUGGUGGAGGGCGCUAAGGCUGAUCGGAGGAGGCCGCCAAGCAGCGACAGGGCCCUCUUGGCCAGGCUUCUGAUGGGCAAAGGCGGGAUGGGGCGACCCCCUUCCGAGCAUGAAGCUCAAGACCUGUGGUUCCGCCCCCUAACCAUGGAGGAUCUCCUCAGUUAUAGCUUUCAAGUUGCCCGAGGAAUGGAGUUUCUAGCUUCCCGAAAGUGUAUCCACAGGGACCUGGCUGCCCGUAACAUCUUGCUCUCAGAAAGCGAUGUGGUAAAAAUCUGUGACUUCGGCCUAGCAAGGGACAUCUACAAGGAUCCUGAUUACGUGCGCAAAGGAAGUGCCCGGCUUCCCCUGAAGUGGAUGGCACCUGAGAGCAUCUUUGACAAGGUUUAUACCACGCAGAGUGAUGUGUGGUCCUUUGGGGUGCUGCUCUGGGAGAUCUUCUCCCUGGGUGCCUCCCCAUACCCAGGGGUGCAGAUUAACGAGGAAUUCUGCCAGCGGCUGAAAGAAGGCACACGGAUGAGGACCCCAGAUCUGGCCACCCCUGCCAUACGUCACCUCAUGCUCAGUUGCUGGUCAGGGGACCCCAAGCACAGACCAUCCUUCUCCGAGCUUGUGGACAUCUUGGGGGACCUGCUUCAGGGCAAGGACCAGCAGGAUAACGAGCUCUCGGCCCCAAGUGGCUCUCAGAGCCUGGACUAUGAAGAUGACAGUGACAACUUCCUGCAGGCAUCUACCACAGCCCUGCACGUGGCCCAGGCUGAUCACAGCUACAGCUCCCCCAGCCAGCACCGACACAGCCUGGCUGCCAGAUACUACAAUUGUGUGUCCUUCCCUGGGUGCCUGUUGCGGGGUCCUCAGACCCAAGAGCCAACCAGGAUGAAAACAUUUGAAGAAUUUCCCAUGACCCCGACCACCUACAAAGCUUUGGCGGACAACCAGACAGACAGCGGCAUGGUGCUAGCCUCGGAGGAGUUUGAGCAAUUGGAGAGCCGACACAGACAAGAAAGUGGGCUCAGCUGUAAAGGAGCCUCCAACCAGAAUGGAGAUGAGGAUGAGGGUAGGCAGCGGCGGCAAUCGGAGCAGGGCAGCCACGCUGUCCAGGUGUUUUACAACUGCGAGUUCCCAGAACUGCCGGACCCUGGUGCCGAGGGGGGCUGCAUGUCCCCCCUUUAGCCCUUCACCACCAGAAGUGGCUUCUGAUGAUCGCCCUGGUAUGGGGCUCCCCAGACCCUGAGCUCUGCAUUCUCCCCUCACCCCCAGUGGUGGAGGCAGUGGCCUACUGGAAGUGGUUUCUCUUCCUCAUUCUUCCUCUCUAUCCAGGAAGAGGUGUCCCUAGGCUCCCCCAGGCUCUCCAAUAUCUAGCAUACCUGCCGGGGGCUCUGUGAGGUGGGUUCUCCCCUUCUACCUGCGUUUCUCCUUCAAGGGGACCCCAAGCUCAGCAC